AUGCGCGCGGGAUGUCACAUCAAGUUACCGCGGGAGAUUAUGAUGAAGAGAGCGGUGGUUAACGUGCAAUCAAAGGAUAAUGCGUGUUUCGCGUGGGCAGUGGUCGCCGCUCUGUAUCCCGCCGAAAGUCAUGCGGAACGGGAAUCAUCGUACCCGCAUUACACGACAGUGCUGAAUCUCCGGGACAUUGAGUUUCCAGUGACUGUUAAUCAAAUUAAGAAAUUUGAACUUGCAAAUGACAUUUCAAUCAAUGUGUACGACAUCGAAGACAAAAACAUUGUCCCGAUACGUCUUUCGCAGCAGAAACGGGACAAACAUGUGAACCUGCUGUACACUGAAGACGGCAACAGCGUGGGACAUUUCGCUUGGAUCAAAAAUUUAUCCCGGCUCGUGAGCUCGCAAUUGAGCAAACACAAUGGUCAAAGAUAUAUCUAUGAUCGAUGCCUUCAUUAUUUUGGUUCGGACGACAAGUUGCAGUCGCAUACGGUCGACUGCGGAAAGCUAAACGACUACGCUGUCCGAUUGCCGAGCGACAAGGACAAGUGGCUCGAGUUCAGCAACCCUAAUCGGAAGGAGCGGCUUCCAUUUGUGGUCUACGCCGACUUGGAAUGUGUCCUGACCAAGACGAAAGAA